CUGGGUGCAGUUCAGUUUCGUUCUCAGUUGCGCUCUACCUUUCGCCGGGUUUGCAUUCCCAGCUUGAUUUCUUCCGAGACAAAUAUUUUUUGGAGGUUGCUUAUCUCGUAGCUUAUCCAGCAAGCAUAAUGUCGCUCAUCCACUCCGUCCAAGAUAAGUCGGACUUUGACACCCAGCUCAAGGAUGCUGGAAACAAGCUUGUUGUCGUCGAUUUCUACGCAACUUGGUGUGGACCGUGUAAAAUGGUGGCUCCCAAAUUGGAGGAAAUGGCGGCCCUAUUCACUGACGUGAUUUUCCUGAAGGUCGAUGUCGAUGAAAAUGAGGAAGUCGCCUCGGAAUACGGAAUCAGUUGCAUGCCAACGUUCAUCUUCAUCAAGAACGGAGAGAAGGUUUCCGAGUUCUCUGGAGCAAACGCCGACAAAAUCAAGGAAUUAAUAGGUACAAACAAGUAAACACGCUCCUCACACUCGGUUUCAAAAAACCACUACUACACUAUAUAAUUUAAUGUCAUUAACGAUCUGAUAAGUCUCUUCAAUCAGGACCUAAAUUUUGUUAUUACUCAUUUUAAAAUAGUAAGCAGUCGAAUUUUAUGUUAUCAUAUCCCAUUUUAAUCACAACAUCUCAAUGUUUUACUCAAUUUCUUUUAAAACGACCAAGACAAGAACGAUUUGAUUUGAUACAUAGUCAUCCUUUGUUUUCACAUGUAUUACAUUACAAUAAAUGAAACUUAAAUAUGGAUCAUUCCAACAAUAAUAAUUAAAAGCAACUAAGAAAACAGAAACUUUUAUGAAUUGUUAAAAUUCAACACUAUAUAUUUCUAAUUUUAAUUUCUCACAAGCUGUAGAAAUUUGCAUGUAAUGCGAUUUAGAAAAAAUUGUAAUUUGACAUUAAUUCGUUGAUUGGACUAUACUACUGCCCUUGAUUUGAAAUUUUCGAAAUAAAUAUGACGACUUGUUAAAAACAAA